AAGCGUGGAGGUACCCUUUGGCCAUCAUAUUUCAUGGUUGUGGCCGGCUCCGGCAAGCCCCUACUACAUUCUUACCCAGUGUCCGCGUCUACACUCUACAACCUUCUCUUUCAGGUCGUGACCUCUACUUGUUUUGUUUUGCUUUCCAUGGGUUUCGUCACCUCUUCCUCGACUCCGGGCGUUGGCGCGCGUGACGCCACCAUCCCGCGCACCUCAGUUGCCGCCUCAGUUUCCGAUCACACCCUCUUCUCCGCAACAACAGCUUCCAGUUUCCUCCAGGCGGUUUUUUCACUGAAUUCACCAGCAGCAGGUAGAGAAUCACAACCAUUGCGACAAGCGGACGACCCACCGCCCUGCCAGACCGAGUUUGAUAGGUACGUGAAAUGCGCCAGAGAGAACACGAUGACGCUGGACAUGCUGGACUGCGAGGACAUCCAGUGCCUGUUCCAGAGAUGCAUGAAAGAGUAUAAGCAAAGGAAGCGUGAGGAUGUGGACAAUUUGGCGAAAGCAAGCGCGGUGACAGGAACCGAAUAG